AUAUUUUUAUUUUCUCAGAAAAACAUCUGCUUUGCUUUUAUCUUUAAUCUUGCGUUUUAUUUUUAAAAACAUAUCAAUUUCUCUUUCUUUCUCUUGUAGCGAUAUUAAUUCAAGGGUUUGAAGUUCAGAGAAAAUUAGCCCAACAUGGCCGAUCAUGCCAGGAAGUGCUUUGGUUGCGGAAAAACAGGACACUUGAAAAAAGACUGCCCAAACAAACAACGUAUUAGUCUCUCGAAUAUCAAAUGUUUUUCCUGUGGAAAACAUGGCCAUAUGAAGAGGGAAUGUCCAAGUUUUGCUUCAGGCGAAGGGGCAGUUGAUUCAAGCGAGGGCUGCUCCCAAUUUCAAGGGAGMUUCAAGAAGCUACAGCUCUAUCCAAAAUGUCACACGAAUUUUAUUGAUACGCAUUGUCAUCUGGAGURUGUAUUUGAUAGAUUCAGGCAUAGUAGGGGUUUUGAGGAGUUCAGAGCAAUUCAUCCAUUCCCAGAAUUCUUUGAAGGGUGUGUGACAACUUUCUGUGACCCUGCUGCUUUCUCGGCAUUUGGCAUGUGGGAGGAGCUUAUCAUUCAGGAUAGAGUAUGGGGAGCAUUUGGCUGCCAUCCACAUAAUGCAGAAUACUAUACAGAGUCUUUAGAGGCAAAGAUAAUCCAGUGUCUAGAGAAUCCCAAGGCUGUUGCUCUGGGUGAGACUGGUUUGGAUUAUUCCAAAAGGUCUCGCUCAAAACCAGAAAUACAGAAAGAAGUUUUCAAAAAACAAGCUACUUGGGCAGUCACUCUGGGGAAACCACUGGUUGUCCACUGUCGUGAAGCAGAAGCCGAUACACUUAAAAUUCUUCAGGAAACAGUGCCAGCCCACUGGAAGAUACAUUUACAUUGCUUUACAGGCACUUCUGCAUUUGCUUCAAAAUUCUUGAAUGCUUUUCCUAAUCUUUUCAUUGGGAUAGCUGGGUUGGUUACCUUUGCUAAAGCUGCUGAAAUUCACGAGUUAGCAUUUGACAUCCCACUGAACAGAAUUGUUCUAGAAACUGAUGCGCCUUAUUUUGUACCUAAUGCUGUUGCCAAUAGCAACAAGUGGAGUCAUCCUGGAAUGGCUAUCUAUGUUGCCGAAAAAAUUGCUGAAAUCAAAAAGGUCCCUAUUGAUGAUGUCCUGGAGGCUACCAGAAGCAACACCCGGCAGUYGUAUGGUAUUUAGUUUGGAAAUCUAUAAGAGAUAGAUUGGUGGUCGAUAAUUAUGUGUAUCCCAACCCUCCCCUGCCAUCCAGGUCUUUUUUUAUCAGUAACUUUCCCUGUAAUUUCAUUUUUUACUCCAUAUGCAAAUACUGUCAUGAAUUUCUUGGGGGUUCACGCCCCCUCCAUUGAAUCAGGCAUUUUGCUUCAAUUUUCAAAUUAUUUUAGUAAGGGAACUUGUAGAAAUUAUCACAAAAAGUUAUUUUGGAUCUUGACACCAUUAGGAAUAAUUGCUCUGUAUUCUUAACGCAUUGAUGGAACUUUUAAUUUACUAACAACAAUCACAGGAAAUGUCAUUUAUACAGUAAACUACAUUUUUUAUGUCAAUAUUUUUCACUUUUAUUCCAAUGAUUCAAUUAUACACUUACACUUUUUGUCCGAAACGUUUUUAUGUCAUUCAGCAAUUCUAUAUUCAUAGUUUAGUCCAAGAAAGGACUGCCCCAAUCAACUCAGCGUCAACUCAAAAUUCAAAACUUUUUUAUGUCAUUCAUCACUUCUAUAUUUCUAUUUGAGUCCAACAAAGGACUGACUUGAGAAUCAACUCAAAAUCGAAGACUUUUCAGUUGAAUGCAUAUUACUUAAAGAGAUAAAUACUGAGACAUUUUAAUUUAAGGAAUAUAAAAAACGCUUUCAUGUCUCUGUACUGUGAUAUAAACACACACUGGGAGCUGUAGAGCACAAGACAAGCAAGCUUACAGCUUUAGAAAUACAAGGCAUAGCCCAGUGUUUCUCUUGCUUUUCAAGUGCUGUGCAGCUCCCGCAGUGUUUAUAUGACAAUAUAGAGACCUAAGCAGCCAUUUUAUAUUGCUUUCAUAAACUAAAUAUUUUUGGAGAACUUUGUGCAAAUUUGUCUCUGUCCUCUGAUAUAAGCACGGUAGCCAGCCAAUCAGCAUAUGCAUUAUAUUUCAAAUAUUUGUACAUGUAUACUAUAAUUCCUAAUUAAUAUUUUAAACUAAAGUGUUUUAAACUUAACUUGAUAAAGUUAAAUUAUAAUUGACAUAAUUAAUUUUACUAAAAACAAGCAUAUUGAUAUAUAGAAAAAAUAAUAGUAAAUUGAUUUUAAAAUACUUAAUUCAUUAUCAAUGGUAGGUUAAAGGAGAAUGAGAAAUUAUUUUUUUGUUAGUUAUUUUUAUUUCUUUUUCAAAGAUGGGCUGCUAUAAGAGGCACUAACCUUUUAAAGUGGAGGAGGAGGGGGGGUCUAAAUUAAUCCUUAGGAACAAUUACAUAUUUACAUAUUUACAUAUGAUAAUUAAUAAUGUUAGCAAAUUUUAAACAAUAUCAAAAAUCUGGGUUUUGAGAUUUUUUUGUUGCAUCAAAAGUAAUGUAAAAAAGUUGACUUUCAUAUUUACAAUAUAGUAAAAGGUUAGCAAUGUCUCGGUUGUAGAUGAGCAAUGUACCAUUCUCCAUUAAAAACGUCCAUAUGCAUUUCA